AUGCUCUUCAAGGCCCUUGCCGCCCUCACCGUCGCCGCCUCGGCUCUCGCCCAGGCCUCCCAGAACCUCACCAUCACCGCCCCCUCUCCCACUUGGUGGUGGAUCGAGGAGUCUGAGAACAAGCUCGCUUGGGCUGCCGGAAACCCCUCUGACUCGACCACCGUCUACAUCAACCACAAGGACAACAAUGUCAUUGCCGGCGGAACCCUCGCCAUCAAGGCCAUCACCAACGUUUACGACUACUCGACCCUCCUGACGCUCCCCCCUGGUGUUAAGCCUGCCAAGGGCUACUUCAUCACUAUCGUUGACUCCAUCUACCAGGGCCAGCGUGUCUACGGCCAGUCGCAGGAGUUCGAGGUCAAGCCCAAGGGCUCUGCCUACCCCGACCAGAACCAGGACCUGAGCGGCAAGCCCCAGACUUCUGCUUCCGAGUCUGCCACUGGCUCUGCCGGUGCCUCUGCCUCCAAGUCGGGCGCUUCGAGCGCUCCCUCGGCCUCCGCCUCCAGCGGCGCUCAGCAGAACAUGGCCGCUACCGCUCUCGCUGCCGGUGCCGCCGCGCUCGCCUACGUCGCUGUCGCCUAA